AUGGGAAAUAACAAGAAGAAACGUUCACACAAAAAGAAAUCUCAAGGUCCUAAACCGACUAAUGACUCUACCACAGUUGAGGAAGUUGAAAAAGAUGACGAAAUUAAUAAAGAAAAACAAAAUAAAAAUGCUGCUGGACCUGCUCAACAAGAAGAGAAAAUUGUUGAAGUAAAAGUGGAGGAAAAAGUGAUCCAGAUCCAAGAAAAAGAAGAAGCGAAGCAAGUUGAUAAGGUUGUUUUGAAGGAGAUUAUAAAAAUCCAGCCACAAGAGGAAAUUAAGCCUGCAACAUUAGUCGAAGUAAAUAAAGCUCCAGAGAAUGUCAAAAUGGAAAAUGAUGAGCCUCAAAAGGCAUCUAAGCAGAAAGCAGCAAAGAAAAAGCAACUUGAAGUCAUGGGAGUUGAGACAGGAAUUAAGGAACUUAAUCCACCACCAAAUUACAUUGAGGAUCGUAUCAAGUUGUAUGACAAAUUAAGAGAUGAAUAUUUGGAAGAGAUUAAAGCCAAGCCUAAAGAGAAAAUUGAAAUUACAUUGCCCGACGGUAAGAUUGUUGAAGGACUGUCUUGGGAAACAACACCAUAUAAAAUUGCAGCUGGUAUAAGUCAAGGACUUGCUGAUAAUACAGUUGUUGCGAAAGUUGACGAUGAAGUUUGGGAUUUAGAUAGAGUAUUAGAAAAGAACUGCUCAUUGAAGCUCUUAAAGUUCGAUGAUCCAGAAGCUCAAGCUGUUUUCUGGCACAGUUCAGCACAUAUUCUCGGAGAAGCAAUGGAGAGAUGUUAUGGUGGUUGUUUGUGUUACGGACCACCAAUUGAAAGUGGGUUCUACUAUGACAUGUUUUUGGAAGGUGACGGAAUCUCACCAAAUCAUUACAAAACUCUCGAGGAUGUCGUUAAGAAGAUUGUUAAGGAAAAGCAACCAUUCGAACGUCUUGAAAUGAAGAAAGCUGAUUUGUUAAAGAUGUUCGAAUACAAUGAAUUCAAGCAGAGAAUUUUGAAUGAGAAAGUUACAACAGACACAACAACUGUUUAUCGUUGUGGACCAUUAAUUGAUUUAUGUCGUGGUCCUCAUGUUCGUCAUACAGGCAAGAUAAAGGCAAUGAAAGUCACAAAGAACAGUUCCACAUACUGGGAAGGAAAAGCUGAUGCUGAGACUCUUCAAAGAGUUUAUGGAAUUUCAUUCCCAGAUCCAAAACAAUUAAAGGAAUGGGAGAAGCUUCAAGAAGAAGCAGCAAAACGUGAUCAUCGUAAAGUUGGUCAACAACAAGAACUUUAUUUCUUCCAUGAAUUGUCGCCAGGCUCAUGCUUUUUCUUACCGAGAGGUGCUCACCUAUACAAUACUUUGAUGAAUUUCAUCAGAAGUGAAUAUCGUAAGCGAGGCUUCCAAGAAGUCAUUACACCGAACAUGUAUAAUGCAAAACUAUGGCAAACAUCAGGUCAUUGGCAACAUUAUGCUGACAAUAUGUUCUCGUUUGAUGUUGAGAAGGAAAAGUUUGCAUUAAAACCCAUGAAUUGUCCUGGACAUUGCUUAAUGUUUGAUCAUCGUAAUCGAUCAUGGCGUGAAUUGCCAUUAAGAAUGGCUGACUUUGGUGUAUUGCAUAGAAAUGAAUUGUCUGGAGCUUUGACUGGAUUGACACGCGUACGUCGCUUCCAACAAGAUGAUGCUCACAUCUUUUGUGCACCCGAACAAAUUAAGCAGGAAAUAACAGGAUGUUUAGACUUUUUGCAGUGUGUCUAUGGAGUUUUUGGAUUCUCAUUUGACUUGGUUCUAUCUACACGUCCUGAAAAGUUCUUGGGAGAAAUUGAAGUAUGGAAUGAAGCAGAGAAGGCAUUAUCCGAUUCACUUGAUGAAUUUGGCGUUAAAUGGUCACUUAAUCCAGGCGAUGGAGCUUUCUAUGGACCCAAGAUUGACAUCACAAUUAAGGAUGCAUUAAAACGAUCACACCAGUGCGCUACAAUUCAACUUGAUUUCCAAUUACCAAUAAGAUUCAAUCUUAAUUUCGUAUCUGAAUCUGGUGAGAAGAAACGACCAGUAAUUAUCCAUCGUGCUAUUCUUGGAUCUGUUGAGAGAAUGAUUGCUAUUUUGACUGAAAAUUGUGCUGGAAAAUGGCCUUUCUGGUUGUCACCAAGACAAAUUAUGGUUGUUCCUGUUGGUCCAAGUUUAGAUGGCUAUGCUAAUGAAGUUCGUGAUCGUUUAUAUGCUGCUGGAUUUAUGGCUGAAUCAGAUACUGAUGAUGGUGACACAAUGAACAAGAAAAUCCGAAAUGCUCAAUUGGCGCAAUGUAAUUUCAUUUUGGUUGUUGGCGAGAAGGAAAAACAAUCAGGAACAGUCAAUGUUCGUACAAGAGAUAAUAAGGUUCAUGGUGAAGUAACAAUUGAUGUGCUGAUUAGCAAACUUUCAAAGAUUCGAGAUGAAUUCAUUCGUGAUGAAGACACAUUCUAG